UGUUGUAAUGCUGGCAGGAACGUCCGUUGCUGUGAAAGUCUGGAACAUCAAAUGUUGUAAAUGUGGACCAAAGGUGAUGCUGCAGGGUCAGCUGUCUGACACAGUGUCAUCUGUGCUACACGAGCCAUCAUGGUCUCUCCCAUGACACCAGUGUUCACAGAGUCUCCGGAGGCUGUGGUGCCCCUGUACGAGGAGCCGCCUGGGAGCCUCGAGGAACGGAGGGGUUCUUCAGCGAGCAGCACGGAUGACGUGCAUUGUUCUAUGACACUCUUGGAGCGCCUCAUUCGCACCAGCAGCAUCUGGUUCCUGCCAGACGUGGGGCGCACGGGUGCCGUGCACUACUUGCAAGGCAAAGCGGUCGGGAAUUUUAUAGUGCGGCAGUCAAGCAAAAAGGGCACCCUAGCGCUGUCUGUGCGGCUACCUGUUGAUGCGGGGCCGUACAUCGAGCACUACCUCAUUGAAGCCACGGCCGAGGCCAAGCACUGCCUGGAAGGGUCCGAGAACCAUUUCGCCUCGAUACCCGUGCUGGUCAACCACUACUGCCAGUGCUGCGACGAACUGCCUGUACAGCUGUGCCUGCCUACUGUUUUACUUGAGGCGACCUCAAGGCAGGAGUUGUCUGCCCUGUCCCUACUGGGCCAAGAGUUGUGGGUGUCAAGCUUGCUCAAGUCCGCUCCGUCAAGCACGGGGUCCAGUGUGUCGUGCGCCUCUUCUCAGGUGUCUCCCAAUCCGGACCACAACGCCAACAUCCACGUGUCAAGCUUCAAGAGGAGCUCGCCUGUAACUCCGUCGUCAAGACAGCCUCCCGUGCCAGCCACCAGGCCGAACUUUCUCGCGCUUCACAGUUCCACAGCCGACACCGGUGAAUUAGCAACUCAGGUUGCGGAUCCUCCUUCUCCACCCGACCAAAGUGAGGCUGCCCUCAUGUCCGAAGUGGCCGGAAGGUCGGCAUUCUACGUCGGUGUGGACUCGACCCAAAGUGCCUCCCCUAGCAAGGCAACACCCAGCAAAGCUGCGCCUGACAAGGCGACAUCCAUCAAGUCGGCACCUGAAAAGUCUGCAUCCGUCAAGUCAGCUUCUGGGAAGUCAGCACCUGUCAAGUCGGCAUCUGUUAAGCCUGCACCCAGCAAGACCAAGCUACCUACUCCAGUGGAGGAGGAAAAGCCUCGGUGUCUCAUGAAACCGUCCCCACGCAGGCGACGAAAACUGCCAGAGUCGUCACCCGAAUACUACUCGAGCAGUCUCGCCGACAAAAUCAGCGACUACGAGGACAUCUGGGGGACGGCCAAUGGACGUGGCGGUGACAGUCCCGCUCCCGUGCUUUCCACGUUCAAGCCAGAAGGCCUCGUGUGCCAGGCGACGCAGACGGAACUACAAGGCGGAUCCAUGCCCGAGGGCAUCGAUGCUGCUGCGCAAACGCGGAACUUGUCCCGUUCUAUGCCCGGCAUGGUUAACGAUAAAUCCCAGCCAGGCCAGUUUACUAGCCCCUUCUACAGUGAACCUGUGGACUCCCUGUUCCUUGUGGUCUCUGCGCUCGAACCACUGCAGAUCGACGAGGGGUUGCCGUCUGCAUCGGGGCGCCGGGAAAGACCCCUGAUGCGGCAUUCGGAACCUAACGUUCACUCUCUACGAAGCAGUACUCACCGUUCUUCAGACCUGACGACUACGUUUGAUGAGACGAACUCAUGUGUUUCUGACCACUUGCUGGCAGUGUCUGCUCCAGCUUUGCGCGGUAGCUCAGAGGACGGACCUCCAAGUCGAUGUGGUCGGUCGUGGUCAGUAGACCCCUCGUGGAGGUGGCUCGUUUCGAGUGACGACGAGGAUAACGACAGUAAUGUUGGAGACCUCAAGUUUCCCGUUGAAGGCGCAGAUGACUCCGACGCUGGUGGACUUGAGGAAAACGUGUCUACCGUAGAAGAGAUCAUCGGAAUUUCCAUGCCAGACUUGAGAGUGCCUCCGGUCUCUACAUUGACUGAAGGUAAUGUGCUGAGAGCUUCGCGUUACGACAAUCUCGAUGCUGUGUCAGUAGCCGAGAGUGCCGCUACCGACGGCAGCAGCAAGCGCAAUCACGGUGAAGACGACGCAUUAACUGAGUUCUGUGAGCCCUGGGACAGUCUGCGGUGGGAAAGGCUACUUCGAUUGGUGGAGUCUUCUCCAGAUGCACCGGAAAGCAAGGUGGAAGAGUCAAAGGUAUCCUUUGACUCCUUGGAGACGGCGUCGGGCGUCAGCGGUGAGGACUUGCUUCUGUCGGAGUGUCCGACCCUGGCAUUGGAGCACAAGCGGUCUAGCGGUUUCCAGGAGCACCUGGACAUGCUGUUGGCUUCGAGGAAAUUGGGAGGGCUGUACAAAAGGGACUCCACUGUGGGUGCUGAUGUUAAGAGCUAUAUAUUCAAAUUGGUGCAAGAGAGGAACACAACGUUUGCCAUGACGAUAGAGAACUUCAUCCAGUGCACACGCGAGAGCAGUGAAACAUCUCCGGCUGUGGUCAUGAGAAACAUCCGGCAGUUCAUGAGUGGUAUGAAGAACUACUUGCUCAAGCAUGGAGAAGGCCAGUUCGAGCAACUUGUACAAGAAGAGCAGUCCAAGCUCAAGCCUGACGAGUUCAUGAACAUUGACGCGAUCAUCGAAGUGUCGCUGCACCGCUUGGUCAUCAAGCCUCUGCGGCGCUACCUGUACCAGCUUUUUGUCAAGCAAUACACACAGUCUGGUGCUCUGAAGCUGCUCUCUGACAGCAUGAAGUACGCCCGCACCAAGACAGCCCAGGAGCUUGGAAUAAAGAGUGACUUCGAGCCACCACGGGGUGUCACGCUGGAGCUCGUUCAACAUUUCCUGAUCAAGCUGCAGAAGGCCUACUCGCCACUGAGGAAGUUGGAGAACUUGCUGUCAGCCAUAUCUGUCAUCUAUAGCAGCGUGCAGAGGGACCGCAAGUCACAACCUGAGGGCGAGUCUUUUUCAUUGGGUGCUGAUGACUUCUUGCCCAUCUUUCUGCACGUGCUGGUGCAAUGCGGCAUGGUGUCGGCCGAGGUGGAGGCCGACUACAUGUGGGGGCUGCUGCACCCUUCUCUGCUCACCGGCGAGGGCGGCUACUACCUGACCACCCUGAGCAGCGCUGUGCACGUCCUGAAGUCCCUGAGAGAGGACGAGCCUUCUUCCACUGCUGCUGCUGCUGCUGCUGAUUCUGAGACCGCACUUCUGCAGCCGACCCAAGGUUCUUCCAGCAAGGAGGCCUCUGCCCAGGCGCCAAUGUUUCGCUACCCUCGAAUGGCUGACCUCCAGGGCUUCAUGCAAAUCGUCAUCCCGGACGAACUCAGCGGCAGCAUUGUGGCCAAGACGCUGCCCGUGCUGCCCCACAUGACUGCCAAGGAAGUCCGCAAGAUGAUAGCACACAAGUUCAGGGUCACAAAUCCCGAAGAUUAUGGCCUGUUCAAGCUAGUCAAAGGAGAAGAGACACAGUUGACCGACAAUGACUGUCCUCAGGCAAUCAAGGCUGACCUUCUCACAAGUGGCGUGGACUGCCGCUUCGCCUACAAGCGCUACGACGUCAAGUUUGUGUGGCCAUUCAGCGAUAAGCCGGCUUGACCCACUGGCCGUUCAACCAGGUCUGCCAUUGAAGUGCUUCCGAACAAAACCCGCUAGCAUUUUACAUUUCGCUAUUGUGGACUUACGAUGUUCUCGUGGCUUAUUCGGUGGUAGAUUGUUUGGUUUGUGAGAGAAACAGUUUGUAAAAGAGGGCUGUGGACAUGAGUGUUCAGGCUGUAGGAUUAUUCGUCGACGUUCUGCAGUUGCUGUGACGUGUGAAUUCGCCAUUCCUAUUUGGGAACAGAAGACGUUUCAGAGUAAGGCUGCACGCAGACUGAUUUUUUCGAGGUACAAGUGUACAUCACUGAAGCAAGCAAGACGCAAUGCACACUCGCAACUAGGCUCCGUGUUGUUCCUUGGUGUAUCGACUAGUUGCCCCCUGUGUAAGGCCAACACUCCAAAUUGCAUUACAUGACCUUGUAUGAAUCGCUCAUAUGACGAAAAGGCUCAAGGACAGCCUUCAGAGUGAAAUUUAUACGUUCAAAUCUGCGGUAAAGGGUCACACCCCGUGGUGUUGUGAACAGGCUUCAGUGUUGAGGCUACGAUGUUUUCGUUACAGAGUAGUGACGCCUCUGCAUGGGUGUAUAUUCGCGGCGAAAAAGUGCAGAGUAGCAUUCUAGACUUGGCUACAUACUACUACCACAUCGAGAUGAAAAUAUUAAUACAGGGUAUAUAUAAGCUUGUGGUUCAAAUACUCAUUUGUACGGAGAUGUAAUACAGGUAAACCUCAUAUAUACUAUAACAAAGCCGCAUGGAAAAGCGCAUUGCUUCAUCACAUCGAAAUAGCACAUAUCUUUGUGUGAAGACAACAAAACAGGCCGCACUCUCAGUAUGUGGGCCUAAAUAAUUCGUAAAUAGUGUAUACUUAGCAAAAAUGUCACGGACCAUAUUCCACUGUCCAGAGCACACACCUUCCCAUCCGCGAUAGAGCAGCAUGCGUUGAGCUGUAUCUGCAUGGUGUAGACUUUGCGCAUCGAUCUGUAUUGAUCUGUUCUUCAGUAGUUCCUGCAAUUGGCAAGAAGCUUGAAGACAACUAUUUCGACUAUUUCGACAACUAUUUCGUCAGUGCAUAAUAUCUUUCCUGGGUAUCCCGUAGCUUGUUCUACCUUUUUACUACUUUUAGGCAUGAACGCAAGCCAGUUCUUAAAACAGUUUCACAAAGAAAGCCAGAAAUGGUGCAUAGCUGGUUCUUCGUGGCACAUACAGGGUGUUUUUCUCUUUUUAACGUAAAAGAUGAGCUGCUUCAUCUCAAUUUUGUGUUCAUAGCUACAUUGGUAAUAGUGACAGUCACCAUGUAGGGCGGGUAGUGAUACUCGGCUGUCAUAUUGGACAAUUAGUUUCGUUGCUUUAACAUCUCAUUUUGUUUAAUAUUCACUCAUUUAGUUUUUAACCUUAUUAUUUUAUAAGAUAACCAAGACAUGUUGUUUUAUUUGUCUCGCAAAGAAGUAGUUGCUCACUGUGGUUGCAGCUUAUGAGCACAAAAAGAAAAUGAUGCCGGUGUCAAGGGCAUUAAACUUGCGUCGGUUAUUUUUUCAAAAAAGGCCCUGCGAAGUUUGUCUAAGCUUACUACUUGAGCACAAUCCUAAAAAAUCACAAGGAAUGUCUUCGCAAAACACCUACUGAAACGGUGCUCCAAGAAAGAGGCAAGAUGAUAUAUUUCUUACAAGAUGAUAUCCAAAAUGAUAAAUUUGCUGCUUAAACAUUUCUUUGUCCACUUCAUCCAGACCUGUUUUAUUUUUAACCAUUGAAGCAAAAAUCUUAGCCUCGCUCCUUGCAUGUAGGUUCAGUGCUGCUUAUUACCUGAACUUUGUAAUGGUUGCCGUGUCAGGUUUGUUUUUAAAUUCUCGUUUAAGCUCGGUGUUCGGCAGUCUUCUUUUCAUAGCAAUUAUUUUCGUAUAUUCCACGAAGAAGAACCAGCCUCGAAAACGAAGACAAAAUCUAUCGUGAUUACGUACCGCUUUCCGUAAGUUGGUAUCACGGUUGCUACCAAGACUGCAUCAGCGCAAAUGCAGUAACUUACAUAUAGUCUGUGUUUUCACACGAUACUGUAACUUGCAGAAUUUAGUUAUUUGCGGUAAUGCAGCGGUAUCUAUAAUUUUUCAUCUAGUUUUUAGUGCCCAUGUUGUAUUAGCUGUAGAUGUCUCUACCCACAAGCAGUGGCGGUAACAUUGCUCAGGACAGUCCAUACAGAUGCUCACAGUAAAACAACAAUCGGGGAAAAGGUAGAAUGACAUCGAUUCUAAAUGUCCAUCAAACGAACCUUUCCGUGCACAUGCAAACAAGGUCCUCCAUGAGUAACACAUUCCAAGAACCACAUGUUGCUAGUGAAUGCGCUUCUGAAUUAUGGUUAGUGUCAGAUUGAUAAUUCAUGUAGCUCAAGAUGCUGCCAUUGUGUUCAUACUCGCAACUAAUGUCUAAGCUCUCCCUCCUCCCCCACUUUUUUUUCCUAUGCACUUGAGUGAAAAUGCUGCGAUUUUAAAUGACAUAUGACAUGACAUUGUAAAAAAAGAAAACCCUGCUUGCCCUGUUCAAAUUGCAUCCAUUAUCCAGGGUAGGUGAGCUUGCGUGCAACAUCGGUGCCUGAGCUGCGAUUUUUUUCAAUGAAUGCUACUUGCUGCCCGUGCGAAUUCUCUUUUCUCUAAGACGGAGUGCGAGCUUAGAAUAGAAGAGUUGCCUGCAAGUGCUCAGUGUGUCUAAUGCUUUGCAUGCUGUGCCGCCUUUUGUGUAAAUACAUUCAAAGUGUAGAACAGUGUUUGAUGCGCCUGUUAGAGUUGAUGGGACAAUGAGAGAAUCACGUACGUUCCUCACUAUACUGCUGAUGGUUGUGUACGCAAGGCCCAGCAAGGUAACGUUGUACAAGCAUGGCUGCUAGUACGGCUAUUCACGUAAGCUAAAGUGUACUUUCCGGGCCACUGUUACCUGACCAUAAUGUGACGUAACUUGCUCUUAUAAAAUAGUGUGCAGAAACCUGGCAUCAGGGAACACCAAGAACUGCCACGAAAGAAUGUUAGGGAAACACUUCUGCCUACCUCUUACUCAAUGAGAAGGUGUUAAACCCAAGCCUUCACAUGCAUGACAAGGUGCUUAGAUUGCCUUUGGAGCUACCAGUGUACCGUGCCGCUCUUCCGUGGUAUACAUUGAAGAGAGGGAUACCUAGGUUAUGUGUCAAUCAAUGCGUUUUUCUAAUCAUGUCUAAUCAUACAUACUGAUAGUGUUUUGCCACACUGGGUGCUUUCACAUUGAGAUGCUGGAGCUGAUUUGAAAUAACGGGCAACGCCUGUUUUGACUCUGAGUUCAUAACACACUUAGCAUUUGUUUCAUGGACAUUUAUUUUUCAUCAAACCGCACUUGGCAUGAGUGAAAGUGUCUUUUCAGAACAACUCCAAGCCUUGGUUCCCUGGAAUUUCUCACCGUUACUUUGUAAAUAUCUUUCCGGUGGUGUAAAAGAACUUGUUGUUGGGGUAGUUGGUAUA